AAAGCUGCAUCUUUCUCUGGUGGGUCCUCAGUGAAGACUCAGUCUGAUGAUAAUGACCAGCCUGACCAUCAGGCUCACCAUGAGCUCGUCCUCUGGCCUGGCCUCUGCAACCAUCAUGGGCUACUUCCUCCGCCUGCUGCAGCUGCUCUCCACCUGCCUGGCCUUCUCGCUGGUGGCUACCACUGGCACUUGGAGGGAGACCAUAGGUAACUGGUCCAUGUUCAUCUGGUGCUUCUGCUUCGUUGUGACCCUCCUUACUUUCAUAGUUGAGUUAUGUGGGCUCCAGUUCCUCUGGCCCUUUUCCUGGGAUGACUUUCUCAUCAACUAUGCCUCCUACUCCACCCUCCUCUGCCUCUCGGCCUCCAUUAUUUACCCCACCACGUACCUCCAGAUCGUCCCUCGUGGCAGCUCCUGGAACCACGCCAUUGCUGCUACUGCCUUCUCCUGCCUCGCUUCUGUGACUUAUGCCACUGAAGUAGCCUGGAUCUAUGCCUGGCCCAGCCACAUCACCUGCUAUGUGCUCCCCAUGCCAGGACUGCUCAAGGGGCUAGAGAACUUCGUGGCCUGUGUCAUCUUUGGCUUCAUCAGCAAUACCUCCCUGUACCUGCACCAGCCGGCCCUGGUGUGGUGUGUGGCCGCGUAUUCCAUCUGCCUCUUCCUGGGGGCCGUGGCCCUCCUGCUGUAUCUGAGAGGCUAUAGCAACAAGUUGCCCAUUUGCUUCCCCAUUUUCCUGUUGGGGUUGGCCCUGUUCUCCAUCUCCCUCUACGCCAGCGCUCUGAUCCUAUGGCUGCUCUACCAGUUCGACAAGAAUUUUGGUGGCCAGCCCCAGCGGUCCAGUGAUGUGAGCUGCCGCCAUCUCUACUUGGUGUGCAUCUGGGACCAAAGACUGGUUGUAGCCAUCUUGACAGUGAUCAACCUGCUGAUUUACGUGGCUGACCUGGUGUACUGGGACCACUGGGUCAUUGUUAGGGACUGA